GGGUGAAGUAGUGGUCAAUGAAUGUGAUGUGAGCUCAAUCAUGUAGCCUUAGGAAUAUCCUUUGCCAAUCAGCAAAUUUUUUCUUUAUUUGUUAUUUGUUUUUGGGUGACGGUUCACAUUGUGUGGAUCCAUAUCCACGGAGGCAACAGUGGAGUCAACAUGAGUUUGAUGGAAAUCAGCAACCCGUGAACCGACUCAACUCAAGUAUAGUUUAGUAGCAGCACCCAAAUCACCGUUGAAUCAGCGAUGAAUUACACUGCUGCUGCGUUGGCCAUACUGUGUUGGCUUUGCAUCUGCACACCGAAGGAGGCAGAGGGAGCUGACAAGAAGCUUCGGUUUGGGAAAAAUGGAGAGUUCAAGAUUUUACAGGUUGCAGAUAUGCACUUCGCCGACGGCAAGAAAACCCGCUGCCUCGACGUCUUGCCUUCUCAAUAUCGUUCCUGCACUGACCUCAACACCACUUCCUUCAUUCAAAGGAUGAUUCUGGCUGAGAAACCCGACCUUAUUGUCUUCACUGGGGAUAAUAUCUUUGGAUUUGAUUCCUCCGAUUCGGCUAAAUCAAUGGAUGCCGCAUUUGCUCCUGCAAUUGCUUCCAACAUUCCCUGGGUCGCUAUUCUCGGCAACCACGAUCAGGAAGGAUCCCUUUCCAGGGAGGGAGUCAUGAAAUACAUUGUUUCCAUGAAAAACACUUUAUCUCAAGUCAAUCCUCCGCAAGUACACCUUAUUGACGGUUUCGGCAACUAUAACCUACAAGUUGGAGGCGUUCAAGGCUCUGCUUUUGGAAAUAAGUCGGUGCUCAAUUUGUACUUUCUUGAUAGUGGAGAUUACUCAAAGGUUCCUUUCAUUCCUGGCUAUGGUUGGAUCAAACCCUCGCAGCAGCUUUGGUUCCAAAGAACAUCUGAAAAGCUUCAGAAAGAAUACAAGAAGGCACCACUGCCUCAGAAACAGUCUGCUCCUGGUCUUGCAUACUUUCACAUCCCAUUGCCUGAAUAUGGUAGCUUUGACUCAUCAAACUUUACAGGUGUGAAGCAAGAACCGAUUAGCUCUGCUUCUGUCAAUUCUGGCUUCUUCACAACACUGGUUGAAGCAGGAGACGUGAAGGCUGUUUUCACUGGCCACGAUCACGUGAAUGACUUCUGUGGCCAGUUAACUGGUAUACACCUUUGUUAUGCCGGGGGAUUCGGAUAUCAUGCUUACGGGAAAGCUGGUUGGUCAAGGAGAGCAAGAGUAGUGGUUGCUAACUUGGAGAAAACAGAGAAUGGUGCUUGGCAAGAUGUCAAGUCUAUUAAAACAUGGAAACGCCUCGAUGAUCGACAUCUUACAAAAAUUGAUGGUCAGGUCUUAUGGAGCAACAGUUUUUCUGGGAACCGCAGGAAGAAGCAUGAUGGUGGCUCUUAAAAACCUCUACUUUGGAGGGCCUCACGGGCAACUAUUAUACGUAUAUUUUCAUCAGUGUAACCUCUGUUAUUCAUAUUUAUGUGAUCAAGUCCUAUAAUUAGAUGUAGCAAUACAGGAUCACUUGGAAAAGAAUAAACGAAAGAAAGUUCAUGAUCUUGCUGCAACCGUGUAUGCUAUGCAAUUGCAACUAUGUAACCACAUGUAGAACACUAUUGUUUAAAAUUGCUUUUGCAGAUGGAAUCAUCAAUCAUCAUGAAGAGAAGUUUUGUUUGUUUUUACAA